GAGUUUGGACGCCAUUACGGCCGUAUUUAAACCUGUUGUGUUGUUAUUAUUUUAUUCGCUCAAGGCUUACUUCAGUUUAGUGCGCGCGAGUGACCCUGAGUCACGCGUGAAUUGUUAUGUUCUAGUGAAAUCAUACAGUGAUCAAAAUGAAUCGUUAUUUAUACGCAAUUGUUUACGCUAUUUUAGUUCUCUCUAUAGUUGAUCCAUUGAAUGCAAAACGUUUUGGUGGCGGCGGUGGUAGACACAGUUAUCCGAAAUCUGGUGGCCUUUCUGGCAGUGGGGGCAGUCAUUCAUAUCCUCAUUCCGGUGGAUUAUCAGGUGGAGGACAUGGAUCUUCAAGUGGAAGUCACGGAUAUCCUGCUUCCUCGGGUAUGUCGGGUAGUCAUGGCUCUCCAAACACUGGUGGAAGCCACGGAUAUCCUUCAUCCGGUAGUAACAGUCAUGGAUAUCCUCCCGGCAAAGGAUUAUCAGGCAACUCGCCAAGCUCGCAAGCGGGACACACUACUCACGUCCAUAAUUACUACAACUACAAUCCUCCCCAACAAAUAAGGUACACACCAGUGCACGGGGCAGCCCCAGUCAGUUAUCCGGUUUACCGUGGCGCUCCACCAACAUACGUCUACCAAUACAAGGACUCCGGAAGUAAAUACGGCACAUUGCUGGCUGGUCUGGCCCUCCUUAACCUCGGUACACUAGCAGGGGGCGCGUAUGCACUCAGCCACGCAGGGCAAUCAAGCCAUUCAUACAAACCACAACCGGGCGAGGUGUGCAAAUUCGGCGUGAAAAAAGACAAUGGAGAUUACGAAGAAACAAAAAUAGACUGUCAACUUAUAACAAGUUUUAUAUUCGAGGAGCAAGCGAAGGCCCAGAACAAUGGAGGCACUAAUACUACAGUUGUGACAACUAUUACGAACGUGACGACAAUCAACACAGGAAACGGAGCACCAGAGACAUCUACAGGGCUAAACAAAAUGUACGAAAUGUUUCCCAACGGCACCCUGGUACCCGCAGACACUUCCACCGCCAACGCAACAUUGACUAAUGCAACAAAUACGUCAGCAAACAAUGUGACGUCAUCCGUAACAAUUACAACCACGAACACAACAGUAACAAACGCUUUGGACGUGAAGGGAAAACCCGUUGAAGUGACGCCGGGGAUGAAAUGUUACGUCAUGCGGCAUUCUCCGACAUCCAACAUGAGACGUUCAGUUCCAUGUGGUUUAUUGCAAUCAUACGCAGACCAAUCUCUUAAUAAGAAUUCCGCGUCUAAGACCGUUCCAUUUCUUACCACUUUAACAGUUAUAUUAGGGAUGUUAGUUACUCAUUAGUUCAUUCUAGUAAGCAAAGAUUAUUUUUCAAUAAAAAGUAAUAUUUGAAAAAUCAAUCUGCUUCGGUAACCUCCCUUUGUUAACAUGCUGUGGCAUUGUACUGAAUAUGAAUACUAAUUACAUUAGUCAUUACAAACCGAAAUUGUGGCUUCAAAUAUAAAUAAUUGAGAGACUUCUAUUUUGUAGUAUGUACAUUUUAGGUAUCUACCUACUCUUAAGAUAGACUGUAUGUAUUAAGAUCUUGGAGUUUUGUAUUUGUGAUAUUUAAUGAAGAUAUUGUUAUUAUUAUUAUAUCAAUUAAAAUUACUAUUUAAA